AUGAACCCACUAUCACCUGAUGCACUCCUCUCUCUCUCUCUCUCUCUCUCUCUCUCUUUCAUAUGAGGAAUCCCACUUACCGCAAUCGUAGACGCUGUUGACGUUCUUGUUUCUCAGUCUCCUUCAUCAUCACCAUCAUCAUCUUCUUCUUCUUCUUCUUCUUCUUCUUCUUCUACUGGGGAGAUCAAAUUGGCUCUCUUUAUUGCAGCAAAAAAAGAAAAGGAAAAAAAAGGGAAAGGGCCAUAGCAAUUCAAAUCUAAUUAGAAGAGCUCUGCAUGCAUGGAUGCAGCCCAGUGGCCUCAGGAGAUGGGGCUAGUGAAGCCCAUGGAGGAGAUGGUGGCGAGCUCCGGCGGGGGCGGCCUGCGGGUGGCGGGGCUGCCGCCGCAGCCUCCGGCUCCGGCGGGGGCGGAGCGGAGGGCGGCGCGGCCGCAGAAGGAGCAGGCGCUGAACUGUCCCCGGUGCAACUCCACCAACACCAAGUUCUGCUACUACAACAACUACAGCCUCACCCAGCCCAGAUACUUUUGCAAGACGUGUCGACGCUACUGGACCGACGGUGGGUCCCUCCGCAACGUCCCCGUCGGCGGUGGGUCCCGCAAGAACAAGAGGCCCUCUUCCUCUUCCUCGUCCUCCUCCUCCUCCUCCCCCUCCACCUCCACCUCCGUUACAACAACAACAUCAUCGACAUCAUCAGCAACAGCACUGCUCCCCAACAUCUCCCUCUCGUCCCCCUCCUCCUCCUCCUCGCUCAACACGAAGCUCCUCCGCGAGGCGCAGGACCUCAACCUCUCCUUCCCACACCACCAUGGCCUUCGCCAUGACCAGUUCCCCGAGUUCCCCGCCUUGGAAAGCGCCAAGAGCAACAGCGGUGGCCUACGCGGGCUCGGGUCAACGUUCAUGCCCAUGCCCAUGCCCGUGCCCAUGCCCAUGCCCAUUUUGGAGUACCCAACUCAUGGUUUCCCAUUCCCACCGACGCUUACUAAUUUUCCUGUGGAUGGAAACAUUGGUGGCGGCAGUGGAGGAGGUGAUGGAAAUGAUAAUAGUAGUAAUAAUAAUGAUAAUAAUGAUAAUGGUGUUGGUGGGGGUGAGUAUGGGCGCAUACAAGAGGUGCAAGAGAGCAGUAGGCUUUUGUUCCCAUUUGAGGAGCUGAAACCAGUUGGUGGCCCUUCAAGUACUACUACUGGUUCUAACAACAGUGACCAUGAACAGUUUGAGCACAAUAGGGGACAAGGUGUGGAUCCUUCUCCUGGGUUUUGGAGUGGUAUCAUGGGUGGAGGAGGAUCAUGGUAAAGAAUUUUUAUAUAUUAAAAGGAAUUGAAAGAAAGAAAGAAAGAGAUCAUAGCGAAGAGAAGCCCUUUAAUUAAGAAGAUGAAGACUAUGGUCAGUUAUUAAAAUUUAGUGUUUAUUUUGUCCCUUAUUUGGUGUUCUUAUUACAAAUGGUGGUGGUGGUGAAUUCUAACAGCUGCAGAGAGGGAAGAUUAUAAUACUACAAGCAUGGAGUUCCUUCUGUUUACCACUUUUUUUUGUUUCUAAUUUCCUCCAUUUUCUGUUUCUUUUUAAGAUUUUUAAUUGUAGUUAUGCUGCUCUGAUCACUGUGGACAUGUGAAGCUUCUUUUUAGGUUGGCUUCAAAUUGUGUGUCUUUAAAUUAACAAACUAGCUAGACUUUCUGGUAUGUGGUGAUUAAUUAGAAGGCUUUGAGAGCUAGCCCAAGGAUUUCCUUUUUCCUUUUUGCCUUUUUUUUUUUUUUGCCUUUUCUGUUCCUACUAUAUAUUUUGCAGGUAGAGAAGACAGCCCAAUUUCUUGUGAAGGGUUUGUACCAUUACUUUUAUACAGUGAAGAAAGAUAAGGAUAAAGUAAAGAUAAAGCAGCAUGGUGAUGAUAAUGUGUGACAAUAUAUAUUUAUGUAGACAUUACUGUGGGCUUAGCAAGAUGCGUGUGGUUGAAGAGGAGGAAAAAAAAAUAA